UAAAAUGUAUAAUUAUAAAUGCUAAAAUCUUAACAAGUUAAGUGUAAUUUAUCUAUCAUUAAUACACAUGUUACUAUAUAUAGUAACAUUUUAACGUUGUCAGAAUAGUCAUUAUCGGCGCGGCGGGACCAUAAUCAUCAAAAUUGAUAAUAGCCCCGGGGCUAUUAUCAGUCACGUGACCGAUAAUGACCCUGCGAUUGUCCGCACGUGCAACGUGACGCAAUUUCACGUUGUUGAAGAUGGCUGACAGAGUAGACAUGGGUGAACAUACGCUCGAAAAUUUAGCCAACAGGCUACUUCAGCUGGAUUCUGCCAUCGAAAAAAAUAAACAUUUCACUGAGCCACAAGCCCGGAAAUUCAUUGAAGCAAAGAAAAACAAGGCUACAGUAACAAAAACAAGGAGUGACAUGAAAAAGGUGAACGAUUGGCUGAAUGAUGACGGCGAGACCCGCCAGAUCAAAGACAUUCCACCAAAGGAGCUAGAUAUUCUUCUAUCCAGAUUCCUGCUCAGUGUCAAGAAGACCAAGCUUUCGGCAGAGGCGAAUGGCCCCGCUGCAACCAACUUCGAGCCAUCUACCCUGCGUGGCAUCUUGUCAAGUGUAAAGAGACACCUGUCCGAGAAUGGUAGGCGUAUUUUUGUUUGUUAUUAUUAUCUAAAACAACUAAAGUUAAUAUAUAAACACCUUAAUAGUUAUAUAUAGUUGCCUAUAAUUUUAUGCACAGACUUUUGAUUAUUUUAAUCAUAAUCAACUCGUUUUGCAGAGUACGAAGGCGAUGUCAUGGGCGUAAAAAGAGUUCAAACUCACAAGGGACACGCUAAAAGCGAAAUGCGUGGACUUGAAAGAAAAGGGACUUGGCAACAAAAAACAGAGAGCCGAUCCCUUCACUUCCUCAGCGAUUCAACAACUCUACGAAAAGGAACUUCUUGGAGCCGCCUCUCCAAUUUCCCUCACAAAUACCAUUUGGCUUAACAACACCAUGCACCUUGGAUUGCGAGGAAGACAGGAGCACUUGACCAUGUUGUGGGGGGACUUGGAAUUAAGCCAGACCUCCGAUGGUGUGAGUUACUUGGCCUUCACGGAGAGGGCGACAAAAACAAGAAACGGAGUUGCUGGUGACCACAGGCAAUAUGUACCUAAGCUCUUUGAACAGCCAGGAGACCCAAACUGCCCUGUAAGGUUAUAUCAGCUUUACAAGGAAAAGAGACCACCUCAGAUGUCCGCCCCAGAAACAAGGUUUUAUGUAGCCCUGAAUCCAAAUUUUGGAAAGGGAACAGAAUCAAAUGAUCUCUGGUUCAUCAACCAAAACCUGGGAAAAAAUAAAUUGGGACAACUGGCCAAAACCAUGAGUGAGCAGGCUGGAUUUCAGGCUAGGCAUGUUAAUCACUCUGCAAGAAAAACAUGCAUUACAAAUUUGCUGGAUGCCGGUUGUUUCCCCACUGAGGUGGCACAGCUGACUGGUCACAAAAAUCUGAUGUCUCUAAAUCAUUACCAUACAAACAAUAUAGAAAAGCAGCAAAACAUGUCCAAUAUUCUUCACAUGUGUAAGAGAAAAGAACCAGUGACAAAUCCAGAACCAGAACCAGUUACUAGCAUGGAGGAAUUUGAUGAUGAUGACAAUCAGGAACUUGUAGCAGCAUCCCAGGAAAUUGAGCAAGCGCUAUCCUCCAUCCAAACAUAUGAAGAGAUUCCUGUAAGAAAACCAACACAUGAUGAAGCUGAACAAGUUUUAGACCUUCCCAUUAAACAAAGCCCAGGUGGAACACUGACCCUGCAAAAAAUUAUGAAGGACACUCAGUCACUGUUUAAUGGCUGCACCUUUAAUGGGCCUAUCAGCAUUAAUUUGAGAAAUUAGGAACCAUACAGUAUGCAUGCAUAACUGGUACUGCCUCCUUAAGUUGUAGGCACUGGAAUGAGUGAACAAAGUUAUUCUGCAUACAUGUUUUAUUCCAUUCAUCCACUGUUAUUAUUAUAUUGUUUUUAUUUCACAUGUUUUUGGGUUGAAAAAUGUUCUUUUAUCUUCACUUCCUGUGAAAUAAAUGUGUGCUACAUGUAUUUUAUUUCAAUUUGCUUUUCCAGUAUCGGCAUAUCGACAGACUACUGAA